UCCUUCUCUUUGCGACGGCGCCGUGUGGUAGCGGCGGGUGGCGUCUUUGUCCUGGCGGCGGCGGCCUGACGGGGCUCCGGGUCCGGGCCAGGACCGGCGAGUUGGAUUUGGAACGAAAGCAAAAUGGCUCGAGGACGCAAGAGCAAUAGCAUCAAACAGAGCGACUUCACUAACAGCACCAAUCCUCAGGAUUUAGAGAGAAGACUUUUUGUCGGCAAUUUGCCCACAGACCACAUGACUCGUGAAGAAAUGGAAGAGAUAUUUUCAAAAUAUGGCAAAAUCAGGGCCCUCAGCAUGUACCAUGGCUAUGGGUUCGUGCAGUAUGACCGUCUAGAAGAUGUCCAGGCCGCUCUGGACGGUGAGAAGGGUCGCCUUUAUAAAGGGUAUAGAUUAGAUAUUAAUAAAGCAGUGGAAAGAAGAAAUAUGAAUAAGGCUUCAUCAAGGUCCAGUCCGACACGAAGAGAUCAAUAUGCCUACGGGGAUGGCCGAGAUGCCAGGCGUGACCGCUCCCCUCUUCGGGGGAGCCCACGGAGAGACCCCAGAGAUGGCAGGGAUGGCAGGAACGGGCGAGAUGCUAGAGACACUCGAGACAUGCGAGCUAGAGACAUGCGUGAUGCCAGAGACCACAGGGACCCACGGGAUCUGCGAGACCCCCGGGAUAUCAGGGAUCCAAGGGACUUGAGGGACCCGCGUGAUGUUAGAGAUCUUCGUGACCCACGGGAGCCACUGUAUGAUCGAUACAGGGAUCCGCGGGACAUGAGAAGUGCACGAGAUGUGAGGGAUCCACGGGAUAUGAGAGACCCUCGGGACCCUUUGUACAGACGAGACGAAUCUUACGACCGUUACCUGCGCCUCGAGGACUACUAUCGGCGCAAGGAUGACUCCUACUACGACCGCUACAAGGAGCCAGAGGGUGAGUACCUGUACCACUUCAGAGAGAGGGUGCCACAGUUGUGGCACUCAGAGCAAGUCUGGAGGGUGUCACUCCUUCUGUCCCUGCUCAUUUCAGACCGCCUGAAGCGUGAGGAGCGGCGCCGGGAGGAGCUGUACCGUCAGUACUAUGAGGAAAUCAAGAGACGUUUUGAUGCAGAGAGACCCGUGGAUUGUUCUGUCAUAGUGGUGAAUAAACAGACAAAGGAGUAUGCGGAGUCAGUGGGGCGGAAGGUACGAGACCUGGGCAUGGUAGUGGACCUGAUCUUCCUCAACACAGAGAUGUCACUGACACAAGCCCUGGAUGAUGUGAGCAGAGGAGGGUCUCCUUUUGCCAUUGUCAUCACCCAGCAGCAUCAAGUUCACCGUUCCUGCACUGUUAACAUCAUGUUUGGCACCCCACAAGAGCACCGCAACAUGCCCCAGGCUGAUGCCAUGGUGCUGGUGGCAAGGAAUUACGAGCGCUACAAGACGGAGUCCCGGGAGAAGGAGCGGGAAGAGAUCGCCCGGCAGGCUGCCAAGAUGGCAGAUGAAGCUAUUCUGCGGGAGCGGGAGCGCCCACCCCCCAUGGAGGAGGGUGUCAGAGGAGGUCACCCUCCUGGGAUACAAACCCUCUUGAACCUGCUGGCAGACAAUCGCUAUGUGACUGCUGAGGAGAUAGAUAAAGUCAUUAAUUACCUGAGAGACCGGAAGGAACGGUUGCUGCGGGGCAGCACUGAAUCUCUGCAGGCACCCAUGUCAAGGCAACCUUUGGGGGCACCUUCAGGAUCAUCACUGGGUAGUCAGUCCAACCUUCCAAGUUCUCAGGCUCAUCAGGGUUCACAGCCUCUGGUCUCUACUCCUUCUGUUCCAGUGUCCUCUUCUACUCCUCAGCAGGAGCUUCAAGCAAAAAUUCUCAGUCUCUUCAACAGUGGGGCGGCGGCGGCAGCAGCAGCUGCUGUGGCAAACAGUGGUCCUGCGGCUUCCACGGGCUCUUCAGGCAGCACUCCCAACCAGAACUUUGCUAACCUGUCUGGUGGGCAACCCCGGCCAGCACAGAUGAAUGCUGGAAAUUUAAACCAGCCUCAGCAGAGAUUGCAGACUCCAAACACGCAGAUUCCUGCUCUCCCAGGCCCUUCGAGAAACGCAGGUCCGAGACCUGGAGCUCCUCCACAGCCUCAGCCGCUCUAUGGUCAGCACCAAACCCGCCUCCCUGCACCUGGCAAUGUGCCCGCCCAAAGGCCGGUGUCUUCUGGUAUCAACUUUGACAACCCCAGUGUACAGAAAGCCUUGGACACCCUUAUCCAGAGUGGUCCUGCACUCUCCCAUCUUGUGAGCCAAACCGUGGCCCAGGGGCGAGGGGGGUCCUCAGCCCAGCAACCGAUGGGUGCCUACCAGCGACACUAUUAGAGCUGAGCUGUUGGGCCCAUUCCCCUUCCCUUUGCCAUUCCAUACUUAUAGCUGUUUAAGGAGUCUCCCAUCCUUGACCCGGGACAGAUGCCCUGGACAUGCAUGUCCUCUCCACUCUGGUGAGAGCAUACCCCCUGCAGCAUUGCUGCCAACGGUUGCUGGCGCUGCCCUCCCUCUCCUUGGUCUGGUUAGCAAUGUUUGGAGCAGAAUGCUCAGUUUUCUCCACAGCACAAUGUGCUGUGAACUGUGUUGGAUCAUUGGUUGUCUUGUCCCAUCCCAGAAGCUGCUGCAGUAUCAGUCCUGCUGCAUUUUCCUUACUCCCAGCACCUGGUGCACCUUCCCAUUGAGGUGCAGUCUGGGCUCACUGAUUGGUCUUGGUGUAGUUUUGGAUCGUCAGUUUUGGUGAAUUAGGGGACUGAACAGAGCAGCAAAUUGAUGGGCCUUGGACACCCACCACUGUGGAAUGGGCACUACCCUUCUUUGGAUUUCUUUUUUUUUUUUUUCCUUGUAAUAGCAUAUAAGCCAUUUGGAAAGUCCAGUGAUAGUGCUGGCAGCCAAAAUCAUGAAGCACAUGCCUGACCACUGCUCAGUAACCAGGACUGUGCAGUCCAUCUGCACAUCCAUGUCCAGGCAGAGAGGCCGGUGUUCCUCACCUCAACCCACUCACAGAGACUGGCAGCUGUGGGCUGAGCACACAUCUGCAACGCAAGAACUUCCAGCCAAGGCUGAGAUUUCAAAUAAUCUGUCAAUUUUCCUACCUUGAGUAAUCAGUGUUAAGACCAACCUGGUAAAUUUGGUGUAUAAAUUUUCUUUUCUUACAAUCUUUGGCACGGUUAUUAGUGCACCUUAGCUGCAGCCACACUGAUGUGCUGCUGGCCCUCCCUGGGAAUACCUCUUACCAGGUAUUGGGGGCAGUGCUGCUCUAUCUGACCUCUUCUUGCUGUUGAUGGAAGUUCAGUCCAUCUGAGGUGGAGAGACAGUGCCAAGUUUUAAUACCAUAAUUUUAAACCUUUUUUCAACACUUUGGUAGCUGCAGCAGACAGUGGAGUGGUAAAUCAGGCAGUGAUUCCUCACUGUAUUUUUACUGGGAGCAUACUUUGAUACCAGAACACAAAACAUCACUUAACUGUGUGGUCCUCCCCAUCAUGGCCUUCUUGGAGUCUGUGGGCUUCCUGCAGGGAACUGGGAGAUACUAAGAAAGCAGUGGAUUGAAGCAGAGGAUUUUCUUUGUCCCAGGUGGUUUGUGUUGUAGCAUUUCUUUUAUCUCUGUGCUGUUAACAAGAGGACAUUACUUUCUAAUAAAAGGCCAGAAAAAUUA